UAUUAAAAUGACCACGAUUUACCGCGAGUACCAGAUACCGCUUCCGUUCACAAUCAAGGACUAUCGGGUGGCGCAGCUGUACACAGUCGCCAUGAUCAGUGCAAACGAGGCUACCGGUGACACGAGCAUCAAGAUAGCGGAGAACAAGGAUAUACACGACGAGAAGUAUGGUGCGUGCCGAUACACGGAGAAAAUAUUCUAUUUGAACAGCAAGGUACCACGUGCGAUACGCGCGGUUGUUCCGAAGAAGGCGCUGAUUGUCGAGGAAAAGGCCUUCAACGCCUUUCCGACAUGCCACACCUUUUACACCAACCAGGCCUUCAGCACAGACACUUUCAGCGCAAGUGUUGUAUCCACGCAUGUGAACAACGAGCUCACGCUCAAGAAUGCAUUGAACAUCGAUUGUGCGCUUUACGACAAGACAAAGGUAAAGGUUAUCGACGUGUGCUGCAAUAUUGUGAAUCCACAGUACGAUCCCACAAACACGCCGCUCAAAAUCAAUGAUGGUUGCCCGCUCAAGCCAGAGUGGUACAAAAACCCGUCUUAUGAUGUUAUGAUGAGCUAUAAAUUUGUUACGCUCAAGUUCGACUGUUUUGGGCUGGGGUGGCUUGUACAUGAGAUUGAGAAGCAGAUAGAUAAGAUUUUUACAAGCUCACACCAGCAAAUGGUGUGUACAAUGGAUGAGUGGCACGGAAAGAGUAUCGAGGAUAUAAGGGAGUUAGAGGACAACAUUAGGGAGAAACUAAACGAAAAGGAAGGAAAGAUAAUUGAGUAAACCGGA